GAUAUAAUAUCGGGAAUCUGUUGCGCUUAUAUCGCUUGAUAUAGAAAAUCCGAGCUUUGUUGCCAGUCUACCAUCUCCGAAUAGCUCAAUCAUCACAAACUUCUCGUAACUUGUACACCAUGGCACAUGUUGGCGCACUCCCCAAGAUUCACCGAUAUAUUACGGCUCACAAUAAUGAGGGCAAAGCUAUUUUCAGCGACGCCUUCAACGAGGAGAGCAAAAUGAAGCCUAACGAUGACGGCAUUGCGUUCGCCCUCAGCUUCACCACCAAAGGCUUCCCAGUCGACAUGAACGACGACAAAGACCUCGACGUAUACGGCAAUUAUCUCAAGGAAGCGCCCGGCCUUGUCGUCUCCGGUGGGACAGUCCUCCGACAUGUCGACAUCCCUCCGGCGACUGAGUGCACGAUGCACCGAACUGUGAGCUUGGACUACGGUUGCGUGAUCGAGGGCGAGAUCGAGUGUCUGCUAGAUAGCGGCGAGAAGCGGUUGAUGAAGCGGGGGGACGUCGCGAUCCAGCGGGGAACUAUGCAUCAGUGGAUUAACCACAGCAAGACCGACUGGGUCCGCAUGCUCUUUGUGCUACAAGAAUCCAAGCCAUUGAAUCUUGCAGGCGAGACUGUUGGCGAAGAACUAGCAGGUAUGGCAGGUGUGCGUCCGUCAGACUGAGGUUGAAUUAUGACAAUGGAGGGGACAGUGGAGAUGUGCGGAAUCGAUAAGUCAAACCUCGGUUGCCAAGCCACCUAACACCCAAUUUGAUCAUUCCCCACGUGCUCCA